GUAAGAACUGUUCAUAAAGAAGAGGAAACACAACCUGAAGAGCAUACAAAUUACAACGUUGACAACGUUGAGUUACGAAACACACCUCUCUCCUCUCGUGAAAUGUACAGGCUUAGCAAAUGCAUUGUUGACUGGGACAGCCUUGCUGGUCUUAUGGAUAUAGCCAGGGAAGAGAGGAAUAAUAUUCGAAAUAACACUCUGUACCAUGAUGACUGCGCCCGCGCUGAGAAAAUCUUAUCGAUGUUCAACCACAAGAAUGGCUUCACUCGUGAGAAGCUGACUAAUUGCUUACAAGGAAUCAAAAGGUUGGACUUGAUUAGUCCAAUUAUCACAGGAAAGUGGAGAAAGUUAUAA